CCGAGGCCCAAUGCAAAAGUGUGUUGUAGACGCUGUCCAUGCAUUGAUUUUGAGGCUUCUAUGUGAUACCAGACACGAGAAAAUGCGCAGAGUGAUAAAACACUGGAAGCAUGUUGACCGUUUGGUGCAAAGUACAGAGAAAGCAAGACCGGAGAUCUUUCACGUGACGUCGACAUCUUUGCACGUGCCAGAGAUCCUGUCGUCACAGACCGUGACAAUCACUUUUGGGACGACUCGUACUCACGGUAUCGCCUGUGCUGAAGGCGACAAUGACUGCACCCGCUCGCAAAGGGACGCUUCUGGAUGUCGGGAGCCUCAUACGAGAGUACAAGUACACGCAAGAGAUCUCUCAGAUGAUGUUCGUGUUCGGAGAGGUCCAGGACCCCAACUCUGAGACCAUCAACCUAGUGGAGGACAUAGUACGGGGACAGAUUAUCGAGCUGGUGGUACAGGCCCGUGCCCUCGCGACGCGCCGAGGAGCGCGAUACCUCUCUGCUGAAGACCUCAUUUUCCUCAUACGCCACGACCGGGGCAAAGUCAAUCGUCUCCGGACGUAUCUCUCUUGGAAGGAAGUGCGCAAACACGCGAAGGAUUCCGGUGGUGACGGUGGUGGUGGUGUCGAGGUGGAGGCUCUAGAGGAUGGUGGCGACGAAAAACUGUCCACCAAGGCGCAGAAGAUCACGAUCAAGUUACCUUGGGAGAUUGCGACUGUAUAUUCCGAGGUCUUGAAGCAGAGCGGGCACCAGUCGGAUGACGAAGAGGACGAGGAUGAUAUAGAAGCACAUGAGGCUUCCAUCUUGCGUUUAAAGGAAGCAGACGACGCGACCCGGCAAAUGACGAGAGAAGAGUACCAGCACUACUCGGACUGUCGGCAAGCCUCGUUUACUUACCGCAAAGCCAAACGUUUCCGCGAAUUUCUCAACCUGCCCUCCCAUCUCGAUCUCAAAGCCGGUGACGAUACAGUCGACAUCGUCGGAUUCUUGGCAUUCGAGAUGGUCCGGUCUCUCACGCUCGCGGGGCUCGCCGUUAAGAAGUCACUAGAAGAAUCGCACCUGCGGGAGGACUACUCCUCACCCUUGAUGGGAAAGCGGAAGGCCCUCGGUGCCGCAGGGGGGAACGCGGAGAAGCGACGCAGGGAGGAGUCGCCGGAUCGGGACGAGGCGACGUUGCCUAUGAGCACGCUGUUUCUGCCUCCGCCGGAGGCCAGGACGGCCCUGAGGCCCGAGCACAUCCAGGAUGCUUUCUCCCGGAUGCAAAACGAAUGGUCGCAUAUCCGCUCUGCUGGCUCACACAACUGGCGCGGCGGGCUGGUGCGCACUCGUGUUGCUCUGAUCUGAUCUGAUUUCUAUGGAGCGGUUCUUGUAUCGUUGUAUGUAUCACUUAGAAUGUAGCUGGUAGCGUCCGUGUACGAUUAUGUAUAUAUCCGGUGUUGUAGGUCGUUCCUAAGCUCCACGGGCCCCGCGGACGAGAUAGCCUCGGGCACUUGCUAUGGCGCUACACACCGGGCUAGAUACCACGGGUGCACUGCCCGCACAUGCCGAUGCCAAACGCGAGCGAUGUGUGUUCGGACGAGUAUCGAGCCUGCGUAGAGAAUCAAGGGUUAAUUGCCCAGCUUGGAGGCCCCAGCAAAUAGUGCUCUGCCUCAGACCUUGGACGGACGUUCACACAGUACGCAUUGUUACAUAUGUUCAUGACGAUGCACGCUGAAUCUCCUUCGAGGCAUCAGCAUGAGCGACCCGAAGCCAGCGCCUUCGUAACUGGGGGCUCAGGUCAAGCAUCGGCACCUUGACUUGCUUGCAUCCACAUCCUCGGGUCGCCCAUGACUGGAUUGCAGGCUCUCCCGAGGUCCACCACGCAACCUCCAUAAGGGCGUGAAUUUAACAGAGCCUGCACAUCCGAUCCAUACCACAUACCAACGAUCUGAUUUUGGGUUUGAUUGUAUGCAUCAUUGCACACGAAACAGUCUCGAUUCAAUUGCGAACGAGCACAAGACGCGGGAGGGCAACGAUGGUAUCUGCCAUCCCAGGCAGUGCUCGAGAAACCUUGGCAUCGACCGUAGAGAAUAUAAUGAGGAUCGCAAGGAGGACAUCCUCAUUCUUCUUCUUUCAGCCCUCUUUCCAAGUUCCUUCUCUCGCAGCCUUUUCUUAUUCUUCUCCACACCAUGUUUUUCUCUGCGUCGAUCGCAUUCACCCUUGUCCUCUCCCUCGUCCACAGCGCGCCAGUCGCCGUCCGCGAGGACUUCGUGCCCCAGGCCUGCGACGGGCCGAGUGGGUCCGGCGCGUGCGUCCCGCUGAACGUCGCGUCCCCGAACCCGACGGGCCCCGCCAUCAACGCCGCGGCGUGCACGAACGUGAACAACCCGGUGUCGCUGACCCUCAACGUCGACAACGACUGCGUUGCAUUCCCGAACCCUAACUGCGAGCUGGGCGAUGGGGUCGCGAUUGAGCUGUUCUCGGAUACGUCGGACAACUUGGCGCCGGGCAUCCUGAGCAUCAGCUGCGAGGCGGAUCCCGGUUUCGUCAAUGGCCUGUUGGCUGGCUUCCAGGGGUAGAUCAGAAGUAGGCAGAGUCUGGGGCACCGCACUGUUGAUUCUAUGCGGGGGUGUGAAUGCAUCAAUGAUUAGGAAAAGAUUGUCUUGCGAUGGUCGUUACUUGCUAGGGCAGUAACUUCGCGAGGGUUUGUGUCGAGCAUGAGGCCUGAGGACCGUGUAUUGCAAUCGCGAUCAGAGGCGUGCAAGACUGGUCACACCGUAUGCGAGGAUCCAGCAGUGCGUUCAGGAAAUGAAGUGAAGGUGGUAUUCGAAGUUCGCGCUAAGGGUCCAGGACUGGUCGGCGGUGAUAGACCCCCCAGGAGAGCACAAGGGCGCCGUUGUGCUGUGCGGCACUCGCUGGUAGGCAAUGAAACGUGUUCCCGGAUGAAGAAAGCAGCCGAAAGAGGCCGGGACCGCCCGCGCCUUCUUCGCCUGGUGCCUCACGGCUCAGGCUGCCCCACGCUCUUCACGACAGCCCUUGCCUUUGGACAAUCGUUCCUCUCGGGUGGAAGAAGUUUUCAUCAAUCCUCGCCCUUGUUGUCCUCCUCCACGCGGCCAACGAGCCAGCUUCUGGAAGACUGAUUAGUCCCUCGCUGAGCAUGGCCGGCACGCCUCCGGUCCUCUUGACAUACGGCCUUCGGCCCGACGAGCAUCGUGGUGAUCCGUCCACUCACGGU